GUACCCUCUGACACAGAGCUGUCCAUUACACACCAACUUCCUGGAAGACAAAAAGACAGAUGCCUCCCCUUUCACAUUACUGGCUGAUGGUACAUAAGGAAGAGCUAUGACACUUCCUGUGUGAAUCUGAAAGAGAUGGGACCCUUACAGCACUGGAAGAAUCAUGAGGAGUAGGUGGAAGAAGGGGAUACUAAGCCAUGGAAAUCCUGGUGAUCUCUCAGCUCAAUAAUCUAAAUGUGGAAGCCAUUUCCCUCCUCGCUCAGAGAGGUGAUGGCUAGUGAAAGACCUACUUCCUCAUACUUCAACCAGCACUAAACCCUAGCCCAACACAGACUCUUGAAAGGAAGAAAGGCUUACUCUUGAACAACUGGAUUUGUUGUAAAAGAGAAAAAAGAGCAGAGCCAGGUUCUCGAAGGACUUGCCUUUGUAGGAAAUAAGAGCAGAGGCCAAGACUGGAGCAGAUGGUGACUCUGAGCAGGGAGUAUAGUCAACGAGAGCCCACAACGAAACUGCAGCACACAGUGAACUCCAGAAGGAGAAGCUAUGGCUGCAGUGAUACUAGAGAGCAUCUUUCUGAAGCGUUCCCAGCAGAAAAAGAAAACAUCACCUUUAAACUUUAAGAAACGCCUCUUCCUCUUGACCGUGAACAAACUUUCCUACUAUGAGUAUGACUUUGAACGUGGGAGAAGAGGCAGUAAGAAGGGUUCAAUAGAUGUUGAGAAGAUCACCUGUGUUGAAACAGUGGUGCCUGAAAAAAAUCCUCCCCCUGAAAGACAGAUUCCGAGAAGGGGUGAAGAGUCCAGUGAAAUGGAGCAGAUCUCCAUCAUUGAAAGGUUCCCUUAUCCCUUCCAGGUUGUUUAUGAUGAAGGGCCACUUUAUGUCUUCUCCCCAACAGAAGAACUGAGGAAGCGUUGGAUUCACCAGCUCAAAAACGUAAUCCGGUACAACAGUGAUCUGGUACAGAAAUAUCACCCUUGCUUCUGGAUCGAUGGGCAAUACCUGUGCUGCUCUCAGACAGCCAAAAAUGCCAUGGGCUGCCAAAUUUUGGAGAACAGGAAUGGAAGCUUAAAACCUGGGAGUUCUCACAGAAAGACGAAGAAACCUCUGCCACCAACACCAGAGGAGGACCAGAUCUUGAAAAAGCCACUGCCUCCCGAGCCAACAGCAAUACCGGUCACAAGUGAGCUGAAAAAGGUGGUAGCCCUUUAUGAUUACAUGCCAAUGAAUGCAAAUGACUUACAGCUGCACAAGGGCGAGGAGUAUUUUAUCCUGGAGGAGAGCAACUUACCAUGGUGGCGAGCACGAGAUAAAAAUGGGCAAGAAGGUUACAUUCCUAGUAACUAUGUCACCGAAGCAGAAGACUCCAUAGAAAUGUAUGAGUGGUAUUCCAAACACAUGACUCGGAGUCAAGCUGAACAACUGCUCAAGCAAGAGGGAAAAGAAGGAGGUUUCAUUGUCAGAGACUCCAGCAAGGCUGGAAAAUACACUGUGUCUGUGUUUGCCAAGUCUACAGGGGACCCUCAAGGAGUGAUACGCCAUUAUGUUGUGUGUUCCACACCUCAGAGCCAGUAUUACCUGGCAGAGAAGCACCUUUUCAGCACCAUUCCUGAGCUCAUUAACUACCAUCAGCAUAACUCUGCAGGACUCAUAUCCAGGCUCAAAUAUCCAGUGUCUCAAAAAAACAAGAAUGCACCUUCCACUGCAGGCCUGGGCUAUGGAUCGUGGGAAAUCGAUCCAAAGGACCUGACGUUCUUGAAGGAGCUGGGGACUGGACAAUUUGGGGUAGUGAAGUAUGGGAAAUGGAGAGGCCAAUAUGAUGUGGCCAUCAAGAUGAUCAAAGAAGGUUCUAUGUCUGAGGAUGAGUUCAUUGAAGAAGCCAAAGUUAUGAUGAAUCUUUCCCAUGAGAAACUGGUGCAGUUGUACGGUGUCUGCACCAAGCAGCGCCCCAUCUUCAUCAUCACUGAGUACAUGGCUAAUGGCUGCCUCCUAAACUACUUGAGAGAGAUGCGCACUCGCUUCCAGAGUCAGCAGCUGUUGGAGAUGUGCAAGGAUGUCUGUGAAGCCAUGGAAUACCUGGAGUCAAAGCAGUUCCUUCAUCGAGAUCUGGCAGCUCGAAACUGUUUGGUAAAUGACCAAGGCGUUGUGAAAGUAUCUGACUUCGGUCUGUCCAGGUAUGUCCUGGAUGAUGAAUAUACAAGCUCAGUAGGGUCUAAGUUUCCAGUGCGGUGGUCUCCACCAGAAGUUCUUAUGUAUAGCAAGUUCAGCAGCAAAUCUGACAUUUGGGCUUUUGGGGUUUUGAUGUGGGAGAUCUACUCCCUGGGCAAGAUGCCUUAUGAAAGAUUUACGAACAGUGAGACCGCUGAGCACAUUACCCAAGGCCUGCGUCUCUACAGGCCUCAUCUGGCUUCCGAAAGGGUGUACACCAUCAUGUACAGCUGCUGGCAUGAGAAAGCAGAUGAACGUCCCACUUUCAAAAUUCUCCUGAGCAACAUUCUCGAUGUCAUGGAUGAAGAAUCCUGAGCUCGCUAAUAAGCUUCUUGAUUCCACUCCUUGCUUCUACCAGCCUCACCUGCCCUGAGGAAAUCCCGGGUUCACAGGUUCUGGAGCCUUCGUGCUUCCACUAACUACACCAAGCCCCCACCUCCCUUCUGCAUCUAGGAAUGCCACUCUGCUUUGGCACCCUGGGAUAGUGCCUUCUGUGCAGAGGUCCAGGCGUCUUUGUGCCUCGGAUUACCCCCAAGAGAGAAAAUUGCCCAAAAUAGUAUUAAGACACACUGAAUUUGGGGAUGGAGACAUUUGAGAAGAGGGAGGGAGGGAAGUACACAAAGAGACCAAUAGCUCUUUGGAGGUACAUUUGAUCUUGGGAAGGGGAGCGCAGAAUUUUUCGAAGAUGAAACUGUGUCAUAAAAUGGGAGGGGGUCGUUUUAUACAAUAAAAUUACUGGA